CAGCCCCCAGCCCAGAGCAGCAAGGCCUGGGCACGGCUCCAGGGGAGUCACGCGGCGUCCGGGUGCAAGCGAGUCUGCAGCGCUGCCCGCCUGCCUCCCCGCCGGAGCCCUCUGCCAGCCUCGGUGCCCCCACCCCUGUCUCGGCGGCCCUGAGCUUCGGCCCAGACGCUCUGUGCGGGCCGCUCGGUGCGCGAGCUCCACUCGGGCAGCUCAGAGGAGUGACAGGUCAGCGGGCCCGCGGCAUCCCGCAGCCAUAAACACUGGCAGCUCCUUGGCGAUCAAAGGGCAGCUGGAUGGUCUCUCCCUGCUCUGCCUCGGAGCGUGUCCAGCGGCAUGGAGGGCCAGGAGGAGCUGGUUCCUGAGCAGGGCCCGGAGCAGGAGCCCGGACAGAGGAAAGGGAGGCUGACGUGGGUGCUCCUGGUCACUACACUGGUGGCCACCUUUGGCUCGUCCUUCCAGUAUGGCUACAACGUGGCCGUCAUCAACUCCCCGGAGAAGGACAUGAAGAACUUCUACAACGAGACCCACCACGGGCGCACGGGCCAGUUCCUGAGUGAGUCUCGGCUGACGCUGCUCUGGUCUCUGUCCGUGUCCAUGUUCCCCCUCGGGGGCCUCAUCGGCUCCUUCCUGGUCGGCCCUUCGGUGAACAGAUUCGGCAGGAAAGGGACCUUGCUGCUGAACAACGUCUUCUCCAUCGGGCCGGCCUUCUGCAUGGGCCUGAGCAGGCUCGCGCGCUCCUACGAGAUGGUCAUCGUGGGCAGGGUCUUCGUGGGCAUCUGCGCAGGGAUCUCCUCCAACGUGGUCCCCAUGUACCUGGGGGAACUGGCGCCCAGGAACCUUCGGGGGGCGCUGGGCGUGAUGCCCCAGCUCUUCAUCACCAUCGGCAUCCUCAUCGCCCAGAUCCUGGGCAUCAGCUUCAUCCUGGGCAAUGACCAAGGCUGGACCACCCUCCUGGGGCUCACAGCCGUCCCAGCAGCGGUGCAGGUGCUCCUGCUGCCCUUCUUCCCCGAGAGCCCCAGGUACCUGCUGAUUCAGAAGAAAGACACAAGCGCUUCCAGGAAAGCUCUGCAGAGGCUCCGGGGCUGGGAGCACGUGGAGGAUGAGUUGGAGGAGAUCCGGCAGGAGGACGAGGCCCAGAAGGCGGCGGGCUCCAUGUCGGUGUGGAAGCUCUUCCUCACGCGCUCCCUGCGCUGGCAGCUGGUCUCCACCAUCUGCCUCAUGGGCGGCCAGCAGCUGUCAGGAGUGAACGCGAUCUACUACUACGCAAACGAGAUCUACAUUAACACGGGCAUAGAGCCAAGCUACGUCCAGUACGUGACGGUGGGCACUGGCGCCAUCAACGUGGUGGCCACGCUGGUCUCUGUGUUCGUGGUGGAGCGGCUGGGGCGUCGCGUCCUGCUGCUGCUCGGCUUCCUGCUCUGCGGCGGGGCCUGCUGCGUGCUCACGGCCGGCCUGGUCCUACAGGACACCGUCUCCUGGAUGAGUUACCUCAGCAUCACCUGCAUCUUCUUGUACGUCGUGGGACACGCCCUCGGACCCAGCCCCAUCCCCCCGCUGAUCAUCACGGAGGCCUUCCUGCAGUCCUCCCGGGCGCCCGCCUUCAUGGUGGGGGGCACCGUCCACUGGCUGUCCAACUUCACCGUGGGCCUGGUCUUCCCCUUCAUCCAGCAGUCCCUGGGCGCUUACAGCUUCAUCAUCUUCGCCUCCGUGUGCUUCCUCACCGCCGGCUACAUCUGCCUGGUCCUCCCCGAGACCAAGGGCAAGACGUUCGUGGAGAUCAGCCAGAUGUUCGCCAAGAAGACGCCGCCGGCCGAUGCUCUCCAGGACAAGGGGGAGCUCAGGGACCUGCCCCCUGCUCCUGUGGCCACUAGCUGAGGGGACCCAGGGGUAUCCUGGGCGGGUCGCCCUUGACUCUCCAGAAUGAGAGCAGGCCCUCGGGGCAGAAGGACCCCCGCAAGGACUGUCCCCCGACUCAGCGUCACAGUGGGGGCGAGAUGAAGGGUUAAGGAAUCCGAGGCCCCCUUCGGUGCCCCCGUGUCCUGGGGCCUCCGGCAGAAGCCGUCCUGCGCUGUGACCUGGCUCCGGAAACCCGCGUGGGGAGGUGUGAGGCCUCGGAAAUGGGGUCCAGAAAGCUGGGGCGGCAACAGGCGCUCAGGGAGACGCUGGCGGUCUGGACGGGGCAUCUGGCCGGGGGUGGGGAUGGCCGUGCCCGGGGCACCCAAUAAAACAUCUCUCCGCGCCACACUGGGCCACUUCCUGGGCUACAGCGGCCCACUCCAUCCCCGACCCCGACCCCGCCCCGCCAGAGUGCCAGUCCCUGGAGGGCAGGGGACAUGGUCUGUGCGGGACAU